UAAUAUCGUUUUCCUACUGGUCGCGCAGUGGAAAGAUUAUUAAGGAAAUAAUGAAUAGUCUUUAGAAAUUAAGCAACUGAAGAACUGAAGUACAACCAUCAUCCUAUAGAGAAAACGGCGACAAAACCAAGAGCGAUAAUUCUACGUAAAAUUCAUUUUGGACCAUGACGUUUGACUCCCAGCUGAUGUUAACAUUAUAGAACUGAAUCGUGGGCCAACUGUCAAUGUUCGUUUGUUAGGAUUUUUAUCAAUGCUAUCUUCCGAAAACAAUGAUGUCACAGUAUAUUUGGAGGAAAAUUGAUGUGUUAUAUGUGUUAUUUCUUUGGUCAUUUGAUCAAGUGUAGCGCCGACCAAAUCUAUGUUUAUAGCAAUGCUGGUUUGGUAUUUCAACGGAUGGCUGGUGUUGUUACUCAGUAUUUUGCAUCUGCAAAAAAUUAUCAACGGUGAGAACAUCGGCUCGAACGCGACUUCAAAACUUGCAUUAGAUUUUUUACGUGGCUAUGAAGUUCGUGCAACUGAAAUGUCAAAGACGACAACGCGCAUGUCAUGGCAGUAUGAAACUGAUUUAAACGAAGCUAACCUUCGAAAGUCAGUUCAAGCCUCGACAAAAGCUACGUUGUUCUUUAUAGAAGGCAGUAAUAAUGCAACUGCGGUGCUACAAAUGCCUGGUUUAUCCAAGGAUAUAACAAGACAGUUGAUGCUAAUCAGUCGUAGCGCGUCGCCAAAAGCUGAGGAUAAACUACGACUUCUUAACGAACUUCAGGCGAAGAUGACGGGGAUUUAUAGCAAAGGAAAGGUGUACUACUUAGAUAAGCAGACAAAAAAGCCUCAGUACCUAGAACUUGAACCUGGUUUAAUCAAUAUUAUGGCAAAAUCAAGGGAUUAUAAUAAACUGUUAUUCGCUUGGCAAGGCUGGAGAGACGCUGUUGGUCCAAAAAUGAAGCCAUUAUAUGAAGAAUUUGUGAAGAUUGUCAAUUUAGGCGCGCGCGAACAUGACUGGGUAGAUAACGGGUACUUUGAGCGUUCUCAUUACGAACUUGGAUCAAAUUUCAAAUCAACAUUGAAUGAAGCAUGGGAAAAAAUCCAACCCCUGUACGAAGAACUACAUGCUUAUGUACGUUAUAAACUUAGUUUAACUUAUAAGAAUGUCUCUGUGCAUAAGCCGAUACCGGCGCAUGUCCUGGGUGACAUGUGGGCCCAACAUUGGGACCAUGUUUUUGAAUUAGUAAAGCCAUUCGCCAAUACUAGUACGAUUGACGUCACAAAAAAUUUACGCGCUCAAAACUACACCGUUCAAAAGAUGUUCGAGCUAGCGCAGUCAUUCUACAUAUCAAUUGGCCUGGAUCCAAUGCCGUUUGCCUUUUGGAACAUGUCGUUAUUUGAGAGACCAAAAAAUAGAAAAGUAGUUUGCCAUGCUUCAGCUUGGGAUUUCUCGGACGGUGAGGUCAGGAUUAAAAUGUGCACAAAAAUAAGCCAUAGUGAUUUGAUAAUUAUACAUCAUGAAAUGGGGCACUGUGCAUACUUCCUUGCAUACAAAGAUAAACCAUUUGCAUAUCGUGGUGGAGCCAACCCGGGAUUUCACGAAGCCAUUGGAGACACUAUUUCCCUUUCCGUUGAGAAUCCAACACAUCUUAAAGAAAUUGGCUUGCUGUACGAAGCAGAAGACACAUAUAAAAAUUCCAUCAGUUUUCUUCUACGACAAGCUCUUCAACGUUUCGCGUUCAUUCCAUUUGCUUUCCUUGUGGAUCAAUGGCGUUGGGGAGUGUUUUCAGGCAAUAUAACGUCUGAAACGUAUAAUUCAGAAUGGUGGAACCUCAGAACUCGAUACCAGGGUGUCGCCCCGCCAGUGCCACGACAUGAAAAAGACUUUGAUCCAGGUGCUAAGUUUCAUAUUGCUGCGAAUUCACCAUACAUUAGCUAUUUCUUCAGUCAUAUCCUACAGUUUCAAUUCCAUCGCUCUCUGUGCAAGGUUGCAAAAUCCAAGGAAGAGUUGUAUAAAUGUUCCAUUUAUAAAUCGAAGGAAGCUGGUAAAAAAUUUCGGGAACUCCUCGCUGCAGGUUCAAGUCAUCCAUGGCCACAAAUUCUUUACAAGUUGACAGGCGAAAGAGAGCUUCGUGUGGACGCUGUUUUGGAGUAUUUUGAACCUUUAAGGGUAUGGCUAACUUCUGAGAGAAAGAAAAUAAAAUACCCAAAAGGAUGGAACAAAUCAGAUGUAUCUGUAGGAAGAACAAGCGAGGUAUUGCCUAAAGAUAAUGACAAACCAAUCUUCCUAAAAAACAGCUCUAAUGUGGGAUUAUCGUAUGUCCGGGCUAUUAAGAAAGAAAGUAGUCUUAUGCAAAAAAAUACUCCUGAAAAAAGGAAUAGUUCAGGGCAAAAGGCUGGAAAAGACACUGCUUUAUUUAACAUAUCUCAAGUUGAAUUGAAAACUAGAAAAGGAGAUACGCAUUCACGUAAUGUUCUUGGACCUUUGGGUCAAACAAAGUCUUCAAUUCUAACCAGACCUGUGUUUGUGCCAUCCAAUGGGAAAGAUCCCUUGACUUUAGUAAAGAAAAAUGACGAGAAUAGAUACAGUUCAAAACUUCAUAGAUCACCUUAAAAUAGCAAUGCGAAUUAUACGCAAAUAAUUAAGGUGUAUA